AUGACGCCGGUCAAAUCCUCUUGGUCUCGACGCCUUCAGAUGCUCGGUACUGCCUCGCUACCAGCACUUCUCAUCGGCGGGCUUAUCCUCAUUCUGGUCGGCGCCAAUGCUCUUUCAAACCCUACUUCAACUCGGAACCCUAGUGCGUCAGGUGAAUUUGGCAAAUCGAGAGUCUCGGGCCAACUCGCCUUCAAGAUUGGUGGUGAAUGGAGUGUCCAAUCCUGGAUCGCUGUUACAGGUGUUGCUUUUGGGCUGUUAUCGUUCGGCUUUGCAGAGACAUACAUGCAUUUAUUCGAUGCUUGGUGUAGCAGACAAGCUCACUGUGUCAGCGGCCUUGACUAUGCCCGGUAUCUCAACUCUCAGGCCCGGGCACCAGUACGUUACGGCCUCAGAGGGUUUCCGGUCUUUAUCACUCUGAGAUACAUCAUUACUGCCAUGUGUAUCGCUGCAUCAAUUGGCUACAAGUUCGCCAUCGUUACCCCAGAAGUCAGGAGAAUCGAGGCGUCUAACAGUGGGAUUUUUUCCCCUCCGCAAAACGCCAUUAUCGAAUACCGCGUUCCCAAGUUUGCAGAGCUUGAGGUACAAUGGGCAAAGGCACCCAACGGUUCCUCAAAUACGUGGGAAGUGCCCGUAGUCCAACGCUCCCGAUACACUAUAAACGCAGGCAUGGCUCAAGUCAGGAGACGCCUGGAAACUCAAGACUGCAAAAACCUCAUAGGCUUCGGCGGCUCUGGCGUGACUCUGCGUGCUGUUAACAACGGCACCCUCGGGGAUUUCCUACAAAGACGGGGAAUCGUCAUGAGUAAGGACGAAAUAGGACGAGACCGCUUUAAUAUCACUAAGAAGAUACCUGAGUACAGUGUUUGGCUAGAGCCUCUGGUCAAGACCCAGGAUACUACACCUCUUGCUUCUAUCAGUGCUAUCGUCAGAGCCGUCAUGACCGCUUACAGAAUGGAUAUGUGGGGGACGCCAAUCAUUGAGGAGGAUGACAUGCCGUUUGGGGAAGAAACAGACCAUGUAUCAGAAACAUACCCAGGAUUCAAGAGUCCAUUCUAUGUGGGAACGAGAGUGGACAGGUACUCAGGAUGUUAUUCCAGCGCCGCUGUUGUCUUUAUCGUUUUCGGUUGUUUUGCUAUCUUGGUUGGGAUAUUCCGCGUGUGGCUUGGUCCGCCUGUUCUGACUUCCUGGAUGGGACAACACGUAUAUCUAGCUCGCACGGAAGCUAUUUCCCUGUCUGAGAAGGUGUCGAGUUUGGCUUCAGGGUAUCAGGUAGCAAAACCUGAUCUCGGAAGACUACGGUUAUCAACCCAGAAGGGGGAGGAAGCGGGCGCCAUGUUGGAACACGACAAUGGCACCGAUUCGGAGGGACAAUCAACCAAGGGACGAGGGGAUACCGGUGAGGUCCAUGGAAUUGUAACGCAUGUGGACGGCGUAGGGUUAAUGAGAAGGUAG